AUGAAAUCCUCCUAUACCAAGAUUGAGCAUUCCCCCGAUGACUCGGAAGCUCUCCUCACCCACCGCACAAGUGACGAGAGUAAUCAGAGAUGGCUUGACGAGUCUUUACAGAGACAAGCACGGCAUCGUCAGGCCACGCCUAGAGUGAAAGUGGCGUUGACUGGAUUGGUGGUACUGUUGAUGGUCAACAUCGUCCUGAGCGCUACGAAUCUUGCUCAAUGGCGUUCGAGAAGAGCGACUGCAGACCUAGGACUGUAUUGUGAGCACCCCUGUCCAAACAUGACCACGUCCAGUCCCGGGAUUAGCAAGAGCAAUGAAACAAGUUCUGACACAAUCAAUCGUACAACAGCGCCCGCACAAGUCGCUCUACAACCCCAAGCUAAGUUCAUCGACGCCUCCUUCGGCGCCACGAACAUCUAUAAAGGAUCCCGAAGUCCCAGACUAGAUCGAGCUUGGCAUGGCCUUUUCGAGAACCAGAAUAUUCGUGUAACGAAGGAGGAAUUGGAGAAGGCGAAUAAGACGUCCGUGGAGCUGGCGGAUGGGAGUGGGUGGUAUGGGGUACCCGACCACUGCAUCGACCAGCUCCGUCAGGAAGUCACGUGCAAAGCCGACGUUACAUUGAUUGGCUUCGAAUGGGUACCCAACAACACCGAUCCCUCCCCAGUGUUUCAAGGCUGGCACGAAUGCAAGAACUUCGAAGCCAUAGAUGCGUGGGCGAAGGGGAGGAGAUUCGAUAUCUUCGAGGAUGAGUUGCUUGUCCAUCCUACAUUAGGCCGAGCAAGGACCAUCAUCACCAUGGCGCUCACGCAUAAACGAAGACACGUCGAGACGACAGUUGCUUUCCAGCUAACACUGUGCAAAUCGUCACGGCUUCGGGUUUUCGUGGUGUAG